CAGUAUAAUUGAGAAUUAUACAACAGUAAAUAUUACUCAAGAGAAAGAAGAGAAAGCAAAUGUGGAUUUAAAUUAUGAUUCAGAAGAUAAGACAUAUCAAAAUAAUUGGAACAAUAAAAUAAGUGAAAGUCUACCUCAAAUUGUUAGUGUAGAUAAAGAUUUAUUAAAUGAUGCAGUGAGUAAUGCAGGUGAAGAUUCAUCAUGUAAUAUAUGUGGUGUGGUAAAUAAUGUGAGUGAAAAUUCAUAUCAAAGUUUUAGUAAUGAGAAAGAAAUUGAAUAUUAA